CUACGAGGGCUCUUUUUGAGGCACUAUUUGUCGCUCAGUGUCCGUGAUAAGCUCCCGGAUACGGGCUCCGUGUACGAGCAAUCCGGUGGAGGCACAGUCAGCGACGCUAUUAAUUUUCUGCUUCAGAAUUUACGAGAGACAAAUCAACUUUGGAUUCGACUGCAACACCAGAAAAUUGGAGGGUCUAGGCCAUUGGCAGUAAGGGAAAAGGAGCGAAUGGAGUUGCGGUUGUUGGUCGGGACGAGUCUUGUGCGGCUUAGUCAGAUGGAAGGAGUCACACGCAGUGUCUACGCUGAGCAGGUAUUGCCCCGACUACUGGAUGAUGUCGUUCUAGCCUGCAAAGACUGCAUGGCGCAGCAGUACCUGAUGGACUGCAUUAUUCAGGUUUUCCCGGACGAAUUCCACUUGCAGAAUCUUGAGAGGAUGUUGGACGCGAUGGAAAAACUCCAGACAAAUGUGGACGUCGCGUUGAUCUUGGCUGCGCUUCUUGAACGCCUCACUAAAUACCGAGAGACUCAGGGUAGCGUCACUAUCGCUGGGCAGCAAGAAGUGGAGGUGGCUGACCGUAGCAAUGCUGAACAGGAACAUCAAGAUGCGUUGAAAGUUUUCCAGCAGUUAAUGGAUACGACCACCAAGCUGUUGUUACGAUCAUCACGAUACGUUAGUGGCCAGUCUCCAAGCGAAAGUGGCAACGGUGACGUUCAUCUGACCGCAGUGUUGCCCUAUUUCGUGACGUUUGCUGCUUUCACACUCACGUGGCUGGGUAGCAGCUCCAAGAACAGGAAUUCAGACACGACGACAGCGUUGCAGCAAGUAGUUUCUGGCUGUCUAACGUUUUUACGCGAGCGAACAGCGUGGCGCGUUGACAAGGACAAACAAAAGCGGCAACUCGUGGUUUCGCAGCUUGAAUCUCUUGCGCUUACGCUCCUUCGAGUGCUUUCCAUUCAGGAUCUGAUGCAAAUUCCGGCGCUGCGUGAGUUGCUUGAGCUGAUGCCGUGGCAAGGAGCGUGGAAGGAUGUGGCGCUCGCAUGGAUUCGUGUGCUUCUUGCUCGGCACGAGCGUGUCCACGACGAGAAGCAAAUGGACUUUUUGCUCCAGAUUCUAGCUCCAUUGGUACGUGAUGACCCCAACGAGUUGCAGUCUCCAUCCCCUGCCACCGCAACUGAAGCAGAGAAGAGAAAGGAGACUGAGAUCUUUGAAGCUGAGCAGCAAACACUGGCCAAGGUCGUCCACCUCGUCACCAAUGAUGAUCUUGACGUUAAAUUUCGAGUGUUUUCCGUGGCUCGACGUGCUUUUCUACAGAGUGGCGUUUUCCGGAUUCGGUUUACUCUUGUGCCGUUGAUUUACCAGUCGUUGGCACUCGCUAGAGAUCUAGCAGCGCAUUCCAAGGAGAAGACUCAAGCUCAAGGGCAAGAAACCAAGCCGGAGUUAGAGACUGCAACACCUACUGACAACGUUAAGAUUUUUGUUACUACACCUCGCCAAGUGCUGCAAUUCGUACACGAAAUGGUGACUGCGUUGGCCUCCAAGCAGGACGCUCUGUCUGUCUCGUGCGUCCACUUGUUUCUCCAGUGUGCGCUGGUAGCCGACGGCUGUGCCUUUGAGGCAGUUGCGUACGAGUUCAUCACGCAGGCUUUCAUUGUGUACGAAGACCAGAUCACACUUGCACGAGAACAAUGGCGAGCUUUAGAGCUCAUGGUGGCGUCACUUCGAGCUACUCGCAACCUAUCGAGUGCUAACUACGAGGUUCUCGCCACCAAGACAACACAAUACGCUGCUCGCCUGCUCAAGAAGAACGAACAAGCUUUGAUGGUGCUGAACUGCGCGCACCUCUUUUGGCAUCCAUCUCAACAAGAUGGCAAGCGCGUCCGAGAAUGCCUCCAGCGAUCGCUACGUAUUGCAGAUGCAAUGAAGGACACGACGUCGAACCAGGUUCCUCUCUUUCUAGAGAUAUUGGAGGCCUAUUUGUACUUUUACGAAGUGCAGACGCCUGAAGUGACGCACAACUACCUCGUUGGACUGCUGGCACUCGUCAAGGACCACCUGGAUAACAUGGAACACGGCCAAUUACGCAGAGAAGGAGAGUUCCGCUAUCGCGCCGUCGUGCGCUACAUGGACACCCUGGGCAUUUCCGAUGAUGCGCUGUCAACCUCAUCGUCUUCUUCAUCGCGAGCAUCGUAAGUUGCUGUUUUGCAUAAUAAGUAACUGCGUUUUCAAGUGUUUACUAGUUUGCUAUGUGUACCGGGGCGAUCUUAAGGGCGCUGCUUAUAAAGAUGCAUCAUGGUCCAGUCGUACCUGCACCACCAGAACGCAACAAAUCUUCACGUGUGUUUUUCUUUGUAUUUACUUGAUCGUUUCCUCAGCGCAGCAGCAGCUCAAAGCCUGCUUCUCCCUGUUCAGUCAACAUCUGCCGCCUUAGUGUCCGGCGUGGUAGCCCUCCUUCAUCUUGUAUCGCACACCGCAGUACUUGCAGGUCUGCGGGGUGUUGUGCUUGCGGGUGUCCAGCUGAAUGUACUCGACCGGGUGACCCAGGGCGCCGCCACCACCGUCGCACACUGCGACGCUGCUAGCCAACUCCACAACCGGCACCUGGGCAAUUCGCUGCUCGGCAUCGCUGCGGUGGCGGUUGAUGUCCUAAGACGUAGAUAAAAAGACAACAAAUUAGCGUCAAUAGACUAAAUAUUAAGUGUAGCUGUUCGCAUGGGACGCACCUCGAACGGCGUGUGGUUGUCGUAGAUCGUCGAGAAGCUCGAAAUCUGCAGGCGGAAGGCGGUGGCAGCCGACGGGGCCGCACGAGGGGCGCAGGCGCGCGCCGCAGUGGCCAGAAGCGCUUGGGAGCUACGACGCAGCAUCUUGCUUGGGGCUUCGAGACCGAAUGUGAGGUCACGGACGAGUAAAGUGGAUGUUGCACGAAUGUCGUAUUAGUGAAUUUGUGUUUUAUUAAAUAAAUAACUUUUGAAAAG